AUGCGAAAACGCCGCCUACAGUGGCUCAUUUGGGCCCUGUGGGGCUAUUGUCUGUUGCUGGACUCAUGCAACGGAAGUUUCACGGCCAAACAGCUGCUUGCCUCCGUUUUGGGUCCAGAAGAUCAAGAAGCCACUCCCCUCACCUCAAACACAGUCUACAAUCAGUCUCUCACCGGAAAUCGAGUUUUGGAUGCUGCCCGCGAAAAUUAUCGAUCAAAGCAAACAGAUAGUACAUCUUCAUCUUCAUCGAUAAAUUCGAUAAAUUUACAAACGGAAAACCAGAAUUCAAGUGACUUGGGGCAGCGCCAAUUCUAUACCACGCAAUCAUCGGAUACGAAGAACACUGCAGAUCUCACACCUCUUCUCGAGCUCCCUGACAUCACACAAAUGAUAAGCUUAGAGUCCAUGAAUCCAAACCCCAAGAAAACCGAUGACGGGACGAGGAACCUCAAGGUAGAUACUGAUGAUCCGUCGAAAACUUCAGAGAACACGACGGCGGCAAAACUACUUGCCUCCACAAAAUCAGGAGGUAGCUCUGAGAGUUCGGUGAUCAUCCCUGGGCAGAAUUCUUCUCUCAUCGAGACAGUCAAGGCCAGUGAAAGCGCUCGUCUAGUCACUUCAUCUGGUACAGACCCAAGCUUUAUCAAAGAUUCUGACGCAAGUCCUCCCGUUGAAACAGAGCAAAAAACUACCGCGCAGCCCUUGUUAGAACCCCCUGACCCUUCUGUCACAUCCACGGAGUCGGUAAUCCAGAAAGCGAACACCACCGAUCAAAGCACUGCUGAUGUCCAAACAAAACCCUCAACCCCCACCGAAUCAAAGAAAACGGCGACAAAAAACUCGACAUCUUUAACUCAAACUUCAACAUCUUUCCCUCAGAACUCAACCUCUUCUAACAAGAGCUCAAAAAAUUCAGUUUCAAUCCCUCUUGCAAACAUUACGGCUAAUAAAGUCCUGCUUGCAAGUUCUUCUGAAGUUACAGGCAAGAAAAUCCCCGAGGAUGGUGGACAUGUCUUGACCGAGCAGCUGAAGCCUUCGGCUGGAGCAGGAUCACCUUUAGCUGCAAGUGCAAAUGCGCCUACAAAAUCCGCACAUGCUCCCGUCGUUAACAGCACCGUACUCUUUGGAGGUUUGGUGUUUAUCUUGCUUUUCUUUGUCGCUGUCCUGUAUUUCUGCUGCUGUAACAACAGUCGCAAGACACAGAAAAGUUUUUGUAAUGAUGGCCCCGACGAGCUGGAAGAUGGUCCAUUUGAAGUCAAACUGGAUUUACCUACAAAACCUGAAUGGAACCCAGUCUAUUCACAUCAAACUUCGGAAAGAGCAAUGAAUUCCACAGAUCCAAGGCGCGCGCCGUCGUUUGCCGAACCCAGCCGUUCAGUCAGAUCCGGAGGGUCCGUCAGAUCAGGGGGGUCCGUCAGAUACGGGGGGUCCGUCAGAUCCCGCCACGAAUACCCUGUUCAAAGUCGGAGAGGAUCAGAGGAAUCUUUUGCUUAUAAAGGUUAUAUGGAUUACGUUGACUAUAUUGAUUACGAUGAUCAUCACUCGCAGUACAGUAGGGACAGACGACCGAGAUCCAAACCAAGAUAUUGA